AUACAUCAAACUAUUAAGUCAUCUUCCGGACGAAAGAGAGACGACAUAUGAUAAAAUUAUUUUUAUACAACAAGUACUAGGUGUUCUGUUUGAGUUCAAUGUAUCUACUCCUAACUAUCUAUAAAUGCUAGUACAGAGCAGAAGCCAUUUUCCUAGGCAAUUCCUCAGAUAUUUCAACAAUUACUGAUCUCUUUCCUCUCUCGCCAUUCUCCCCUGCCGAAUUAUAGUAAUUGCGAAGCAAGUUUUCCAUCAAAUCUACAAAAAUGAAGCAAAAGGUGGUUAUCAGAUUAUCUUUGAGCAGAAAUGAUCAGAAAUGUCGGUCAAAGGCCUUCAAGAUUGCCGUUUCUCAGCCAGGGGUGGAAUCGGCAGCUAUUCAAGGGGACGGAAAGAACCAAUUAGAAGUUGUGGGUGAGCAGAUUGACGCGGUGACACUGACAAGUUCGCUCAGGAAGAAUUUGGGGCAGGCGGAGUUGGUGAGCGCUGGCCCUGCUACUGCUGCUGGCAAUAAAGAUAAAAGUUCUGACAUAAAAGCUUCAGUUGUGCCUGUGACAAUACAGUCACAACCAUAUUACUACCCCUAUUAUGCGGCACCUCAAUAUCCAGUUUACCAAGUUAGAGAUUCAUAUCAACAAGAAGGCUGCUCAAUUAUGUAAACGUCAUAUAUAUAGUUGAUUAUGAUCCUACUUGAAAUAACGUGCAUCUUGAACCACAUACUCUGCACUAAGAUGGUCAAAACGGCACAACAGAGUAGCAAUGAAGGCCAGACCUUUCUUUAUGGAGAGAUUACCAUUUUUAGUUUUUCAUUCUUCGGUUUUAUAGUUAUAUCUUUAUUUUUGGGUGAGAAACUCAGAAAUGCGUGACGAGAAAUAAAAGAGAUUGAUUUUAUUUGAUAAGAAA